AUGGCAACAGCGGCCGCCUGGGGCACCACCGAGGGCUCUCAGCUUGCCCGUGGCCACCAGACCUGCAGAGGGGCCAGGACUCGAGACUGGCUGAUCCCCAAGCCACCGCAGCUGCUCCGCUGCCAGGAACUGCCUCACCUGUGCCACCUGCAGCGGCUGCCCAGAGGCACACCGCGGGCUGCAGCCCAGGCCUUGCCUCGCCUCAGCCUUACCUCCCCUUCACCCUGUCCCUGCCUUGCCGCCCCGCAGUCCCCUCCAGGGACUGGGCAGUCUGCACAGAGACUGGUGGCUGCUACAGCAGCGAGCUGGCCACCGAGCCGCUGCUGCCCAGAGCUCCUUCCAGCAGGCUUCUCACACCAGGGAUCCGGUUUGUAUAGAGCUGCGCUAAAGCAGAAUAAGCCGCAGUCCACAGAGAUGUUCCAGAAGCUGGUAGGACUGCGGAAAAGCCGUAAUAACCAUAAGGAAGAGGGGACCUGUUUUAUAGGGAGUAAGAGACCGUUAACGCAGAACCACUCCCAGACUCAGUGCCUCCAAAGUGUCCUGAAAGAAGUGGAACUCAUUCGGAGCUCCAGGGAUGGGCAAAUUGAAGAAGCAAUUAAGUUCAAUCAAGAGUUGGAAAGAGAGCUGAAGAGCUCUCAGGAAGCUCUGGUGAAUCUGGAAGACUGCAACCGUAACCUGAAGAGGGAACAAGCAGAGAUGAGGAAGAAGGUUGAAGAGGCCAGACAUGCUGUCCUUACCAGUCUUGGCAAAGUGAAGGAGCUAGAAGUGAAAGCAAACGAAGUGCCACAUCUGCAAAUAUACAUUCAGCAGCUAGAAUCGGAACUGCAGCACUAUAGGUCAGAAACGGUGAGAUUCCAGCUGCCCUCAGGAAGCAGCCCGGGGCAGAAGGAGGGAGCAGCCUUGCCAGAUGGAAGAUACUGCCUGUCUGCUGUGCAGCAAGAUCGACGGUCUCCCACUGGCGGAGCUGGGAUUUCCGAGAACGAGGAUCAGCUGUUCCGCUCUGUGGAGGGCCAGGCUGCCUCUGAUGAAGAGGAGGAGAAGUGGGCAGGAGACCAGCCAACCCAGGUGGACCACAGGACAACCACACUGGCCAAGCUCCCUUGCUGUGGCAGCGGAUGUGAUGAAAAAAUGCGGAAAAAGCUCAUGUCUUGCUUGGACACCACCAAUACUGAUGGCUACGAAGCAGCCCCUGCAGAGCUCACAGAGAGAAUCACACAGCUAACUGAACAGCUUGAGUUUAAAGGGCAUGAAGUGAAAAAAACGGAAACGAAUAUGGAAGAGAUGAAAGGCCCAUUGCUAGGUGAACUGCAGCAAAAGGCGGAGGAGACCGAGUUGUUGAAGAUGGAGCUGCAGAUGUUGGAGACUGAGAGAGUUAGGCUCUCACUGGUGGAAGAAAAGCUCAUGGAUGUUUUACAGCUUCUUCAACAACUUCGAGACUUGAACAUAUCUAAGCGAGCCUUGGGGAAAAUCUUGCUGAGCACUUUGGAAUCCUGCCGUGACCCCCAACCUGGCAAAGCCCACCUAUUUGAAGUCCUAGAUACUCUUUACCAUGAGCUGACAACCUGUGAACUCUUGGAAAGCCAGCCUCUGGAGAAGGCACAGAGCCGGCAGGCCCUGUCCAACCCCCUGGUCAUCUCGUGCUGAGCAGCAGUGCCAAGGACAGCCCACGCCACCAGCCAAACAACAGUCCCUGUUCACUCAGGCACAUGAUGAACGAAUAAGAUUUGGCCGAUUCAACAGAACCCAGCCAUGGACAAGAGUAGUAGAAUAAUUCAGGCAUCAAAGCAAAGGUAUGGUGCUUCCAGGGAGAGCGCCCGUUCCCCAGCUAACGUCAAAGCCACCGCACGACGUGAGGACUUCCUAGCAACGUCUAUCUCUGAAGGAAGCCUAACCAUCCUUGUACCAUGGCCCUGUAACUGUACCAGUUAGCCAAAUAAAAACUAUUCCAAAUACACUUGACCUGACCUACUUAGAUUUAGAGCCCUGGUCACACCCUGGCUAGGCAGUUUCUAGCUUUUGUGGUAGCUCAGUUCUAAAGCAAAAGGCAACCUAUGUUAUCACUGGCAGGUAAACCUCCUCCUUAACUUAAAAGUGACAAAAUGGCUGCAUUAUAAACACACACAGGAGCGUAUGGCAGUAGUGCGAGUUUUAAGGGCUCAUGUAUAAAAUGUCUUUGUGUGUGUCUGUAUUUGCGAUUCAAUUAUUGACCUUAUUUAACUCUGAAUCGAGAAUUGUUAUUACUCUGCUGAAUUUUAUAUUUGCAAUUAUAGAGAUGCCUUAGAAAUCUGCAACAGCCUCUCCUGAUGAUAGCCUUAGAUUUUACAUAAAAUGUUAAAUUUAACUGCAAAUUUAACUGCUUGGAAAAGGUACAAAGCAGUAUUGUUCCCAGGCUCUCAGGGAAAGGGAGGGUUGAAAAAUUCACGUUGCAACAGCUGCUGUUGUCACAUUAGCAAAUGGCACGUGCAGUAGACAACUUUGUUCUCUCAUUUAAUUUCCCUCAGUGAAACUGUAGAGACACAAAACUAGGCCCCACUUGAAGACAAAUUAAUGUAAAAUGCUGGGCCUAAUCGUGGUGCCACAUCACAUUUUAAUCAGCAAUGAAAUAAUUCCUGGGGGCAAAAGUA